UGCAAAUUGAGCGGCAAUAUGGGAGAACAGAAGGGAAAUAUUUUGAUGCAGAGAUAUGAGAUAGGAAGAUUACUUGGUCAAGGGAGCUUUGCUAAAGUUUACUAUGGCCGUAAUCUCAAGACUUCACAGAGCGUUGCCAUUAAGGUGAUCGACAAAGAGAAGAUCUUCAAGUGUGGGCUUAUGGAUCAAGUAAGGCGGGAGAUAUCGGUGAUGAAGUUGGUAAAACAUCCCAACAUAGUCCAGUUGUAUGAGGUGAUGGCCACAAAGACGAAGAUAUAUUUUGUGCUAGAGUAUGUGAAGGGGGGCGAGCUGUUCAACAAGGUUCAGCGUGGAAGGCUGAAAGAAGAUGUUGCUCGCAAGUACUUCCAGCAGCUAAAUAGUGCAGUUGACUUCUGUCACAUUAGAGGAGUCUAUCACCGUGAUUUGAAGCCUGAAAACCUUCUUCUUGAUGAUAAUCGCAACUUAAAGAUCUCGGACUUUGGUUUGAGUGCACUUGCAGAAUGCAAGAGACAAGAUGGGUUGCUCCACACAACUUGUGGCACUCCUGCAUAUGUUGCUCCUGAACUGAUUUGUAAAAAGGGUUAUGAUGGUGCAAAAGCUGACAUCUGGGCUUGUGGAGUGAUCUUAUAUGUGUUGUUGGCCGGUUAUCUUCCUUUUCAAGACAAGAAUUUGAUGGAUAUGUACCGGAAGAUAUACAAAGCAGAACUCAAAUGGCCAAGUUGGAUUUCUUCGGAAGCCCGGAGGCUUUUGCGUCGCAUUCUUGAUCCAAACCCUGGUACACGUAUCUCGUUUUCAGAGAUCUUGGAAAAUCCUUGGUUCAAAAUAGGUCUGGAUUCAGAGCUAAUUAAUUAUAGCAUACAAACUGAGGAUGUUGUUCCUGUUGACAUGGAUCCGCUUUUUGAUCCAUUCAGUAGCACUACAACUGAGGCCACAAGAGAAGAAGAGAACCUCACCAAUUUGAAUGCCUUUGACAUCAUUUCUCUUUCAUCUGGUUUUGAUCUCUCUGGUAUGUUUGAGGACAACUCCAACAAAGAAUCAACAUUUACAUCUACCAGCACAGCUGCAGCAAUCAUCACAAAGCUCGAGGACAUUGCAAAGAGCUUGCGGCUAAAGCUUAGGAAGAAAGAUGGUGGAUUGUUAAAGAUGGAGAGUUUGCAACCGGGAAGGAAAGGUGUAAUGUCCAUCAAUACUGAGAUAUUUCGGAUUACACCAAACUACCAUCUGGUGGAAAUCAAGAAGACCAAUGGUGAUACUCUAGAGUAUGAGAAGGUUAGAAAUGAUAUGAGGCCAGCUUUGAAAGAUAUUGUUUGGGCUUGGCAAGGUGAGCAGCCCCAACAGCAGUGUGACAAGUAAUUCAUGCAAGAGUGUGCAAUAUCUCCUUGUCAGAAUCAAUAAUGUAAUUCUCUAAUUUUUUAGGUAGUUUAACAUUUUUCAAGGUCGUGUUUUCGGUACAGGAUGUUGUUACUUUUGUAUUGACCAUUCAACUGAAAACAUGACUACAUUCACUUUGGCGCAUGCUAUAAA